GUCUGCGCAGGGUAGAACAGGGAGACAAAUAAUAAUUUUCGCAAAAUGUUUAUACUAUAGCCUAUAUGAGGCCUUUAUCAAGCUUAUUCGCACAUUAUGUUGAGUUUUUGAACCUUGUAUCCUCAUGAAGUAACCCUGAUUACCUGAGGGGUAAACAGGGUUAGUACAUUUCCACAAUACAAGACGAUAAUGAUAAUCAGCUUUUAACAAGAUUCGUCCCAGUCAAAGUGUCUGAUGCUCACAGGCCCCUGAACCAAGUGGCCGCGAUGAGCGCGCUGCGCGUUCUCGCAGUGAUCUACAUGAACGAGCCUCGAUCGAGCAUCGUCCGUGACAGUCGCCUCUUCUCUCCUCCCAGUGCCAAAACAUCAGCGAAGAUUAAAACACACGGGGAUAAGAUGUUUGGGACGAACCAGGUGGCUGCAACAUGCUGGACCUGCCUUCUGCUUUCCGCUUUCCUGUGUGAGCCCGUGCUGUCCAAGGGCGGUCGUGGAGGCUCCCGGGGCUCCUCUCGGGGAUCCCCCUCCCGCAGCUCCACGGCGGGGAGCCACCGGGCAGGAGGCGCCUACGGCGGGAGCCGCUCUCGCUACAGGGCGACAGGGCGAAGUUCUCCGGUGAGGGUGGCGAGUGCGGCGGCCGCAGGGGCGGCGGUGGCGGUGGCGCUCAGCGCGGAUAAAUGGUACGCCUCUGCGUACCGCCGCAGCAACGCCGACAGCUCGGAGGAUGUGCUGGAUUACUACAACAGGACCAAUUACUUUGAUGCACAAAUGUCAGGCUCCACUCAGAAUGGAUCUUCUUUCUCUCAGCUGGUUUCUAUCAUUAUCGCAACAUUAUCCCCAAAAUACGGGCUCUUACUGGACAGUAUACUGUAGACGUGCAGGUGAUUUUGUCUUUUUUAAAGAUAAAUUCCUGAUUCGGUUUAGGACUGAGCCUCUGCCCUGGAUCUGACUAUAGUGUGUAGGACUGGCCUGGAACCUAUUCUGAGGUCCAACCCAGUGGUGAAAGGACACCACAAAAAAAAAAAACAUCACUGUACUGUAUGUUUUUACACAUAUAAUCCUCUAUACCAACGGAUCAAAAUGUACAUUACAUGCACAGUGUUCAUUGUGGCAUUUCAACUGUCAAACUGUGCACCUUCGUCAAAAAGUAUUGAAAGUCUGUUUGUGAGUCAUGAAUAAUCAGAAUUAGUUUCCUUCCCUAAAUCGUGAUUCCUAUAUGGAUUAAAAGAGAAUAUCAAUAGCUUCAUAAAGAGGGUAAUCAAACUGCUGGCCACUGGUUUUAAUUGUACUGCCAAACUCUAAUGUAUCUUAGAAAUCUUUAUUUUCAUAAAAUGCAUAAAAAUACAGAGGGAGUGACCACUCUCUGAAUUACUGCUCUGAGGUAAAUUCUUUUUCAUGUAAUGGCAAUAUAAAGCCUGGACUUGAAGUGCAGGUUACUAGUCAUUCCAUAUAGUUUCCUCUCAUUAAUAGAGUAAAAGCACCAGCAUUAAAUGCUGAUGCGUGCAAUUUUUUUGCAAUCUUUUGCUUUUAGAGAUGCAAAUUAUAAUUUUUUCAAUGUGGGACCUCAGCCAGCAUGACGUGUUUUUUAAAAUUUUUAAAAUAUUCUCGCUCAGUGAUCUGAAUGAUUUAUGGCGGCAGUCACAGAUGCGGCCAUAAAGAUGAUUCUCCACAAUAAGAAAAGUCAAAUGACAGUACUGUACACAGGGAAAGCUAAACUGCCUUUUCCUCAAUCAUCUCAAAUCAUCGUGAAAUCACACCUUUUAUACUGUAACACGUUUCUCAGAACUGUGGACACGAGAACAAACUGCUGCUCUCUCACAGGUUUUCACAGCCUGUCCAUCAUCCAAGAUCUUUUUUACCCUGCAGUAGAAACUCAGGCUCAACAGACUGUUCCAUAUCUAUAAGUGCACUCUAUUACAGUAUAUCCUACUACACUUAUGUACAUAAUCGAAAAAAAGAGUUUGUUAUCACUGUCUUUAAGGUAAUAAAUAUCCAGUUUACACCA